GUGCAGCGCCAACAAGUGCGGGACGGUCGCUCCAGCUGGCGCUGUGGUCGAGCACUUGGUCGUGUGGCAGGUAGUGGACCCCCGCGGCGUGGCCCGCGAGCGGGCGAAGCUCAUCUGCCCAGCAGCGAAUCCUGGGGCGCCUGUGCGGACCGACGCGCCCUCGGCCGAGCCACUGCCUGGAGAGGUCGGCGGCUGGCCGCUCGGGGAUGGGAGCAACAAAGUCGAGGAGGAGCCUCGCGGGCCUCCGCACAAGUGCGCCCGCGAGGUGGAGGGCACCCAGACCCCGGGCGGUCCAGGAGAGGCGAGCCCACUCGACCAGGAGAUCGCCGGGCUCGAGGAGACCGCCGAGGACCCCGAGCUCGAGGCGCGGCUGGCGCGGCUGGAGGGCAGGGCAGCUCGUGGUGUGCCGAGGCAGGGCACGCCCAAGAACGCUGCGCGCCCGGCAGGAGCCGUAGGCGAGCGCCUGGCACAGGAUGUUGCUGGCCGAGCCGCCGCUGCUGCCCCAGCGCGCACUGGCGCCUCGGGGAGGAGGAGCAGGCCAGCAUCGGCCGUGACCGCGGCGCUCCUGGACCGCGACGACGACGACGUGGAGGACGGCGCGGAGAGCGACACAGGGCGCCUUGGGGGCCGCGACCGCUACCAGGGCGCGAGCAGCAAGCGCGACUUGUUCGGCUGGAUUGCCGACCUGCGGGCCCCGUGUGUCGCACAGUUCCUGAACACGGUGUUCUUCGAUGCUCACCCGCCGCAGACGCUGGGGUCAGUCGAGGGGCGGGUCCUCCGCCCGCCGGGGCUGGCGCUCGACGGCAUCCUGCGCGGGGAGGUCAUCAAGACGGCGGAUCUGGUCGUGCUGGAGUUCAAGGCGCGGUCGAUGGCCAUCCGCGACGGAAACUGGCAAUCGGCACGAUGGCUCACGCUGGUCGCGCAGGAACAGCUUCCGUCAGGCACCUCUCUGGACGAGGAGAACGCUGCCGAGAAGGUCGAGGCCCGGGAGCUGAAGGUCGCCGAACUCCACCAGCGACUUGCAGACCGCAGGCCGGGCUGGGGGCCUGGCCGGGAGCCGUCUCCGUUGCUGGGGGGGACGGCACCUGCAGGCCAUGGGCGCGCGGAGGCGCGCCGCCCGCCCCCUGCUCCCGGGACGCCAGACUCAGGAUCGCCCGAGGCGAUGAGGAUCCUUGCCGGACGAGACCCAGGCGACGGUCCAGCAGCUCUCCGCGCCGGGAAGAAGCCGCCAGCAGCGCGGAGGACCAGCUGCAGUCCCACGCGGUCGGUCCAGCUCCUGAGCGACUCCGAGGGGGACCUCGACGCAGCAGCCGCCGCCCGCGUGCCACCAGCGGACGCGGCUGCAGGCCGGAGCUUCGCGCAGCACAAGGCGGCCCACCCGAGGCGCGAGGGCGAGGCCCAGGACAGCCCGGGUUCGGGCGUGAGGGCUGACGCUGCGGAGGCCGCGGCCUCGCGCUCGCCCCCGCCUGCCCUCCGCCCGCCUGAGCGGCAGCUGCGCGGCAGCUCGCGGGCUCGGCGGUGGCGCCAGAUGCCAGCCGAGGUGGGCACAGGUGUCAGCUCCAAGUUCAGGCUCGCCCUCGCGGUCCACGAGGCGGUGCACGGUUCGCCAGGGGCGAUCGGGCGGUAUGUUUGUGAGAUGUGCACUUCGCCAGACCCCACGGCCAGCUUCGCGCGGCUGCGCGAGGUGUCGCCGUUACCGUUGCCCGACGCCCCACUCUUCGAGAGGCACCGUGCCGCCUGGCACUUGCACCAGCAGUUGCCGGAGACCUGCGAGGUGGACGCCGCCACGGCGCAGGGGUGGGCCCUGCUCGUGGACUUCGGCCUGAACUACCCGUACAUGGGGCACAUGCGUCAGAUCAGUGCGCUCGGCAUUGUGCAGGAGGUGUGUGUGAACUUCGUUCAGGAUGCUGCCGCAGCGUUCGAGCUCCCGGACUGGGACCAGGUCAUCGCGUCGAAGACCGACUCCCACGGGGGCGAGGUGACGUCCCGCGCCCCGCCGCUCUCGCUUGCAGGCAACAUGCCAGGCCUCCCCGCGCAGGGCGCCCCCGCAUCGGUCAAGGCGGUCGACCUCGCGGACGCUCAGGCGGGCGCCUGGCUUGCCGGCCCCACGCUGGCUUUGCUCCCUCGGGAGGAGUCGCCUGCCGAGGUCCCGCGGGCGGCGAUCCAGGUCACGUCCAAGCAGGAGUGGUACCGCAUCUGGACCAAGCUCGUCGAGCUGGGGCUGGCUGCGCCGAUCGCCGACGACCGCAUCUUCAAGGUCGGGGGCCGCAGGGUGCUCGCUGAG